AUGCCGAAGGCCACGAGAUCCAACUCAAUUGCUCGCCAAGAGCGUAGGCAUAAUCCUCUCAGCGAAGAGUACUCACCAACAGCGCCACUGAAGCAAAAGAACAGCAAAAAGCGAAAGACGACCCACGGAGAAGAUGGACAGGAUGGGUUCGUGGAUAGCAAAGCGUCGCGGCGCAUUCUAGAUCUUGGACAAGACUUGGCAGCGGAAGAUGAAGCAGAACAACAGGCAAAGCGCCCAGCUGUCGCAAACCCAGCUUUCGCGUUCGAAAGUCGUUUUGGCGAGCUAAGUGACGAUGAGGAAGGAGGCGCAGAAGUCGGCGAAUACGACGAUGAGGAGGCAUGGGGCUCGGAAGAGGAGGUGGAAGAGAUUGAGGUGGACCCGAAUGAUCUGGAAAUGUUCAACAAAUUCAAUCCAUCCUUUGAUCCAUCCACAUUGCUCGACCCGAAGAACGACACACCCGACGACGAAGCACAAGGACCCGGCACAAAUCUAGCAGACCUGAUCCUCGAGAAGAUUGCCGCACACGAAGCACGAGGAGGAGCAGCGGACGACAACAUCCCACAUCACGUUCAAGGUGGCGGUGAUCCCAACGAUGCCGUCGAGCUUCCCGCCAAAGUCGUUGAAGUCUAUACCCAAGUCGGCCUGCUCCUCUCCCGCUACAAGAGCGGCAAACUCCCCAAACCUUUCAAAAUCCUCCCCUCACUGCCACAAUGGGACAUCCUCGUCUCCAUCACCCGACCCGACAGCUGGACUCCCAACGCCGUCUACGAAGCCACGAAAAUCUUCACCUCAUCCCGACCGGCUGUGGCGCAGGCCUUCUGCAACGACAUUCUACUACCGAUGGUGAGAGAGGACAUCCGCGAGACGAAGAAGCUGAACGUCCAUCUCUACAAAGCGAUGAAGAAAGCGCUGUACAAACCCGCCGCCUUCUUCCGGGGCUUCCUCUUUCCCCUCACCGGCUCAGGGACUUGCACAUUGCGUGAAGCACAGAUCAUCGGCUCCGUACUGGCUCGCGUCUCUAUUCCAGUUCUGCACUCCGCUACGGCUCUCUACCGACUCUGCGAAAUCGCGGCCGAGCAAAUGAUGCACGACGUCGAGUCAGCCGGCGCCUGCAACAUUUUCAUCCGCACGCUGCUAGAGAAGAAAUACGCCCUCCCAUUCCGCGUGGUAGACGCAUUGGUCUUCCACUUCUUGCGAUUCCGCGCGGUGCAACCGGGUGAGGAUGUGAACAUGGACAACGGCAAUGGCGUGUUCGCGGGCAAGAACGGGAAGGGAGAUCCGAAGUUGCCGGUGUUGUGGCAUCAGAGCUUGCUUGCUUUCGCGCAGAGGUAUAAGAAUGAGAUUACGGAGGAUCAGAGAGAGGCGUUGUUGGAUUUGCUGCUGGUAAAAGGGCACAAGCAGAUUGGACCGGAGGUGAGGAGGGAGUUGUUGGAGGGCAGGGGUAGAGGUGUGGUUGUCGAGCCGGAGAGGGCGGAUGGUGGUGAUGAUACUAUGAUGGAUGUUUGA